GGAGAAAAUCAAAUCCGCAAAUUCGCAUCUAGUAGGGAGCACGAGCAAGAAUGAUCAUGUUGCACAUGUUGAAAGGUUUGGUAUUGGUUUGCCUAUUGUUGGUCCCUGGAUCUCGAUCGGGCAACGCCAGGUCCCUCUUCUUGGUCGGUGGAGGUCUGGCCGAUGAUAACGACGAGAUCUACUCAAAAUUUGUGGAAUUGUCUGGGGGCUCUGGACAAGCUCGAAUUGGCGUUGUAACGGGAGCGUCUGCUGAUCCAUUGGACAGUGCUGACUUCUAUCUUCAGCAAUUUCUUGCUUAUGGAGCAGAGUCCACUUAUUUCAUCCCCGUUUACAUCGGGAACGAAGAAGCAGCCAAUGAUGAAAGUGUGGUGGCAGAGUUGCAAGGAUUAACGGGGAUUUUCUUUGGUGGUGGGGAUCAAUCGCGGCUGAUCUCGUUGUUCUUUCAAAACAAUGGCGGCCAACGGGUAGACACUCCAGUCAUGGCGACCAUUCGGAGUUUGUACGAAAAGGGCACGGCCGUUGUGGGUGGAACAAGUGCGGGUGCAGCGGUCAUGAGCGGGGGCGUAAUGGUCAAUGGUGGUAUGAGCUACAAUGCCUUAAAGUACGGCUCGGCCACUGAUAGUCCACACGCGGACGAUCUCGUUUACGAUCAAAAUGGUGGUUUUGGGUUGGCCAAAGACCUAGUCAUUGACACUCAUUUCAGUCAAAGAGGGCGAGAAGGGCGGAUGAUUCGGCUUUUGUCUGACACUCGAAAUCAAGAUCAUGGAACUGAAUUUGGAGUGGGGAUCGAUGAAAAUACCGCCUUUAUCAUCACCUCAGACCUCUUGGGUAUGAAUCGCUUCGGUGAGAUCUUGGGCGAAAAUGGCGUGUUCCUUGUGGAUGUGGGAUCCUCGAGUGUGGUGGAAAGUAACAAUGGAGAGUGGGGCAUUGAGACUGUGUAUGUGGAUUACCUUCGAGAAGGAGAUGUAUUUGAUCUGGAAUCGUGGGAUACAAUCAUCUUUGCAGACUUUAAGACUGAUUUGAAUGGAAACGAGUCGAAUCAGGAUCCUGAAACAUCGGAUGACAUCUUUUAUGGAAGCCGAGGCGAUCCUGAUUUACCUCCAAUCUUGACUCAGGUGGCUACCAGUCUAUUUGAUUGCGUUCAGGCAUCCACUUGGGGAACCACUUGGGAAGAUAAGCCCAUGUUUCAAUUGAACUUCAUUAAAGGCAAAUAUAGCUUGGGCUUUGGUGGCACAAAUCCAUCCACGGGCAAAUUUGAGAUCAGCUACCAAGACUUGCUCAUUGACAUCAUGGAAGCCUGAGCACACGGAGGAUGGCACAUGCAAACAUUUUUUUUGGAACGUAUUGUCAUAACUUGAAGACCGCUUGAUUCAGUUCCACCAAGGCUGAAUAUGGAUAUGGAAGCAUAUGCUAAAAUAAAUCUUGUCUUUGUUACCUCA